AUGAAUUUCGAUCCUUCAUCAUCCCCAGUUGCGCCACGCUCAUCGUUACCGCCUAGUAGUGCACCACAACCCAGUACAAAUGGACAGUCGACGCCACGGAGAACAGCGGACGCGCUAACGUUCGGCGAUGAGGCGGAUGAAGCGAUGGAUGACGCUGCCACGACGAGUACGCGCAGGAGAAAGAGGGCGAGGGGACAGAUGAAUGGGGAUGUACCAGUUGUGAGGGAUGCUGUUGGCGAGAGCUUGGCGGACGAGUUUGAAAACUUCUUGAAUACCUUUACGGAGGAAGUGGACCUACCCGCUACUCCGGGAUCGAAUUCCGGAAAGGACGUCGGACCAGAAGUCAUAUAUGUUGCCCAGGUCCUUAGCAUGAGAGACUACAAGCUCACGACGCUUUACGUGGACUACACCCAUCUCCUACAAAAAGAUGAUGUUCUGGCCGACGCGAUCCAACGCCAGUAUUACCGGUUUCUCCCCUACCUCAAACGUGCUCUCCAAAACCUCGUCGCCCGACAUUGUCCUGAAUAUCUGAAAGUCAACCCCACGGCCGCUGAUACCGACUCAGUCAAUCUUCAGUCCCGCGAGUUCAACGUUGCGUUCUAUCACCUCCCACUGGUUUCUGCCAUUCGAGAUCUCAGGACGGACAGGAUUGGGAGGCUGAUGAGUAUUAGCGGUACGGUGACCAGGACGAGUGAAGUUAGACCGGAGUUGUUAUUUGGAAGCUUUAUUUGCGAGGUUUGCGGAGGGUUGGUGAAUGAGAUCGAGCAACAGUUCAAGUACACCGAGCCCAGUCUUUGUCCAAACCCUACGUGCGGAAAUCGAGUCGCAUGGCAGCUCCAGAUCGACAGCUCGAAGUUUACAGACUGGCAAAAAGUCCGUAUUCAAGAAAAUCCCAAUGAAAUCCCGACCGGUUCCAUGCCCCGCUCCCUGGACGUCAUCCUCCGUUCCGAGAUGGUCGAGCGCGCCAAAGCCGGAGACAAAUGCGUCUUCACGGGCACCUUCAUUGUUGUUCCCGAUGUCAGUCAACUCGGUUUGCCAGGAGGGAACAAGGCGGAGUUGAUGAGAGAGGCCAGUAAGGGCGGGGCGAAUGGCGCGGGCUCCGUUGGCGGUAGCGGCGUGACCGGUCUGAAGAGCUUGGGUGUGAGAGACCUGCAAUACAAGACGGCAUUCCUUGCGUGCAUGGCGCACGAUGCUGACGGAAGGGGCAUUGUCAAUAUCCGAGGCGAAAUCGAAGAAGGGAUGGACGAUGGAAACGCUUUCGCCCACUCGCUCACGGACCCUGAAUUCGCUGAGUUGAAGGCUAUGAUCGAAACCGAUCAUAUCUAUUCUCGUCUGGUGGACAGUAUCGCUCCGACCGUGUACGGACACGACAUCGUCAAGAAGGGUCUCUUGCUUCAGCUCAUGGGUGGCGUCCACAAAGAAACGCCGGAAGGAAUGCAUCUUCGUGGCGACAUCAACAUCUGUAUCGUCGGUGAUCCCUCGACAUCAAAGUCGCAGUUUCUUAAAUAUAUUUGCUCUUUCCUUCCUCGAGCGGUCUACACUUCGGGAAAAGCCUCUUCCGCCGCCGGUCUUACAGCUGCAGUCGUCCGAGACGAAGAGACAGGAGACUUCACCAUCGAAGCCGGAGCCCUCAUGCUUGCCGACAACGGUAUUUGCGCCAUCGACGAGUUCGACAAGAUGGACAUCUCAGACCAAGUCGCCAUUCACGAAGCUAUGGAACAGCAGACCAUCUCGAUCGCCAAGGCCGGCAUCCAUGCGACGCUCAACGCUCGUACCUCCAUCCUCGCGGCUGCCAACCCUAUUGGAGGACGGUACGAUAGGAAGAAGUCGUUGCGGGCAAACGUGGCGAUGACGACUCCUAUCAUGAGUCGUUUCGAUCUGUUCUUUGUGGUGUUGGACGAGUGUGACCCAAAGACGGAUCUUAAUUUGGCGAGGCAUAUCGUAAAUGUGCAUAGAUAUCAGGAUGAGGCAAUCCACCCGGAGUUCAGUACGGAGGCGUUGCAGAGAUAUAUCCGCUAUGCUAGGACGUUUAACCCUAAGUUAACUCCCGAAGCAUCCGAAGUGCUGGUCGAGAAAUACCGUCUUCUGCGACAGGACGACGCUACUGGAAGCGGCAAAAACUCGUACAGGAUCACUGUCCGUCAGCUGGAAAGUAUGAUUCGUCUGAGUGAGGCCAUCGCUCGCGCCAACUGUACCUCUGAGAUCACACCUGUGUUCGUGCGAGAGGCCUACAGUCUCCUUCGCCAAUCGAUCAUUCACGUCGAGCAGGACGAUAUCGACUUCGACGAGGAAGAGCUUGAGGGCGAACGGCCAGACGACGCUCAUCCGCGUGCAUCUGAACAGGAAAGUCAAGACGUCGAUAUGACCGGCACAGAUCCCACUUCCGACACCCUCGUCCAUCCAACAGACGAGUCUCAAGAUACUUCUCAGCUUGCUGCACAGACAGACGACUCGAUGGCGGGCCCGACCGCCGUUGCACAGGAGCACGCAACGCCCAUGCAGCCGAAGAAGAAGAAACCGAAGAUGCAGAUCACGCACGACCAGUACAUGACGCUGCAGAGUUUGGUUGUAUUCCAUUUGGCAGAGCAUGAGAGGGAAACAGGGACGGGUAUUGAUAGGGAUGAUUUGGUGGAUUGGUACUUGGAGAUGAAGGAGGAGGAAAUGGAGGAUCUGGACGCGCUGGAGCGUGAGAAGGAGCUGUUCACGAAAGUGCUGAAGAAACUUGUGAAGGAUCACUAUCUCAUAACAGUGGAUGGAGAUAUGCAAGAGUCGUUGCUGUCGGAGGAAGCGUUCAGUGCGCAGACGCAAGCAGCUGACGAAAAUUCACAGAAGAAGGUUAUCCUGAUGGUGCAUCCUUCCGUCGACACAGACGAAUCUUCAUUCCGGUGAUCUUCACACUGUUGUCCCGUCUUUGUCCGUCGUUGCUUUGCUUAUAUUGGCUCUUGUUUGUGAAGUCGUGUAAUGCGCCUGUACCAGCU